GAUGAGUCGAUUGAGAUCAGCUGUCUGAUGCUUGCCUAUAUGGAGCCCGAACUGCAGCAGCAGUUUGAGAAUGUUGAGGCUUUCGAUAUGAUCGAGACUCUCAAAGGCAUGUUUCAGACUCAGGCUAGGACCGAAAGAUUUAAUGUCUGGAGGUCCUUCCUGGAGACUAAGCUGAAAGAAGGCGAACCCUUGAGCCCACAUGUAAUCAAGUUGGUUGGUUACACGCAAAGCUUGGAGAAGCUGGGCUUUCCGCUGAGCCAAGAGUUGGCCACGGAUACAAUUCUGGCAUCUCUUCCGCCAAGCUAUGCGCAGUUCGUUCAGAACUACCAUAUGCAUGGCAUGGAAAAGAAAGUCACUGAAUUGCAUGGGAUGCUUAAAACAGCAGAGGAGGAUAUCAAGAAAAAUACCAAGCAAGUGUUGCUGGUACAGGGAAAGCCAAAGUUCAAGAAAAAUUCUUGGGCUAAGAAGAAGGCAAAGAAGGGAAAGGCUAAGGAUGUGAUCCCGACCCCUGCCCCUGCUGCGCCUAAGGCUGGACCGGACUCAGAGACCGUAUGCUUUUUCUGCAAAGGCACCGGUCAUUGGAAGAGGAACUGCAGCAAGUACCAGGCCCACGUGGCAAAGAAGGGUGGAAGUGUGACUUCUACUUCAGGGGCUGGCAAGGACUAGGAGCGUCGCAAGUGGAGAGGUUGACAUAAGGGUUGGCAAUAAAGCAAGAGUUGCAGCGUUGGCCGCCGGGACUAUGCA